AUGAUAACGACUAUAAAAACUAAUAAUAAGAAAAUUGAAAGAGAUUUAGCACAUUUAUUAAAAGCAAUAUCUUCUUGGGAUAUUCAUGUAAUUAUUAACAAUAUAUCUCUUAGAUAGAGAAUUAUAGAAUUGCUUAAUCUCAACAUCAUCAUUUUGAUAUUCAUUUAGCAUUUUCAUUAAUUGAUUAAUUAAAAAGAGGUUAUAUUACGAAGAAGAAGUUUCAUCAAUUUUUGUUAGAAGGUUAAGUACAUUGUUCAUUAAAAGAAUGGGAAUAUAUUCAUGAUUUUUGUUUCUUAGAAGAAGACAUUUAAUUUGAAGAAUUUAAGAAUUUUAUAUUACCAUAAGGUAUGGAAAAUCAUUAGAAUUCAAAUAUCCAAAAAUAAACUAAUCUAUUAAUGAUAUAAUGGAAUCAAGAAUUUCUAUUGAGAUUUUUUGAAAGAAUUAUUUCAUCAAUUAGAGAAUUAAAUCAAUUAAAAUAAGAAUUACAUCAAUGGGUUUUUAGUGAUAUUCAUGAAAUUUGGAAGGUCAUUAGUAAUAAAUAUCCAACAAAGAAAAUUGGAUAUUUAUCAAAAGACUAAAUUAAGGAUUUAAUUGAAUAAUAUGGAUACCAUUUUAGUGAGUAAGAAUUCUAAGCCUUAUUAAAGAUAUUAAAAUGUAAAAUAAAACAAGAUUAUUUGACUUAAGAAUAAUUAUACAAAUUAAUCUUUCCUCCUAUAUUUGUUGUUUCGAGUUCAUAUUUAUAAGAAAAACAAGAUCCUCUAGAUAAGAAAGCAGAAUUAACAUAUGCUCAUUAGAAAUAUAGAAAGGUUUUUGAUCUGGUUAGAGAAGAAAGACCAAAAUUAUUAUUUGAAUCAAGUAUAAUUACAUUAUUUAUAUAUAGAGUAUUUGGAAAAUCUAAAAGAACAUUAUAAAUAAAAUAAAUAGGAAAAUUAGAUUUAUGAAUAAAAUUUAAGAAGCCAAACACUUUAAUACAAUAAGUAUUUCUCUUCUGGAUUCUCAUAAAUUUAAGAAUCAUUAUAUAAAUAUGAUACUGUAUUUAAUUAAUAUGGAAGUAGGAUUUGA